CCAUUACAGGGGAAGGAGCUGGCUAUAUAAGCCAGCCAAAGCUGGCUGCUCUGGCCACAGCCUGCCUACUGUCACACGCCUCUCCCGCGCAGACACACGCCCCCGCCUCUGGUCGGCACAAAGACAUCACGGCUGGGGGACACCCGGGGUGCGCACGUGGGAACCCCGCUGCUGCUCAAGCCCCGGUAUUUCCUCAUGAAGCCGGUGCACUCCCGGAUCUAGGUCUUUUCCAGCAGGGAGAGGAAGUCAUUCUUUCCAGGAGAUCAGGGACGACCAUUUUGGAUUCUACUCUGCAUUCCUAAAUCCCAGGUUCUACUGAGACUGACAUCCUAGAGCCUGGGCCAAGCCUCCCUCCCUCGGCCAUGGGGGUCCUGACCGGAUUAUUGCCGGGCAUCUUCCUGGCUUUGCUGGCCCUCCCUUCUGAAGGUGGAGUCCUAAAGAAAGUCAUCCGGCACAAGAGACAGAGCGCUGUGAACAUCUCCCUGCCGGAGGAGAACCAGCCGGUGGUGUUCAACCACGUCUACAACAUCAAGCUGCCCGUGGGGUCCCAGUGCUCGGUGGAUCUGGAAUCAGCCAGUGGGGAGAAGGACCUGGCCCCACCCUCAGAGCCCAGUGGAAGCUUCCAGGAGCACACCGUGGAUGGGGAAAAUCAGAUCGUCUUCACGCACCGCAUCAACAUCCCCCGCCGCGCCUGCGGCUGUGCCGCGGCCCCUGAUGUGAAGGAGCUGUUGAACCGGCUGGAGGAGCUGGAGGUCCUAGUGUCCUCCUUGCGGGAGCAAUGCACCAUGGGAGCCGGCUGCUGUCUCCAAUCUGCUGAAGGCCGCCUGGACACGAGGCCCUUCUGCAGCGGUCAUGGCAACUUCAGCACUGAAGGGUGUGGCUGCCUCUGCGAACCUGGAUGGAAAGGCCCCAACUGCUCCGAGCCUGAAUGCCCGGGCAACUGUAACCUUCGAGGCCAGUGCCUCGACGGACAGUGCAACUGCGAUGAGGGCUUCACUGGUGAGGACUGCAGCCAGCUGGCCUGUCCCAGCGAUUGCAAUGACCAGGGCCGGUGCGUGAACGGGGUCUGCGUCUGCUUCGAAGGCUACGCCGGGGCCGACUGCAGCCAGGAGGUCUGCCCGGUGCCCUGCAGCGAGGAGCACGGGACAUGUGUGGACGGCCGGUGCGUGUGCCAGGAUGGCUUUGCGGGCGAAGACUGCAACGAGCCCCUGUGUCUCAACAACUGCUACAACCGCGGGCGCUGCGUGGAGAACGAGUGCGUGUGCGACGAGGGCUUCACGGGAGACGACUGCGGCGAGCUCGUCUGUCCCAAUGACUGCUUUGACCGCGGUCGCUGCAUCAACGGCACCUGCUUCUGCGAAGAAGGCUUCACGGGCGAGGACUGUGGCCAACUCACCUGCCCCAACGCCUGCCAGGGCCGCGGCCAGUGCGAGGAGGGGCAGUGCGUGUGUGAUGAGGGCUUCGCGGGCGCAGACUGCAGCGAGAAGCGGUGUCCCGCGGACUGUCACCACCGCGGCCGCUGCUUCAAUGGCCAGUGCGAGUGUGACGACGGAUUCACGGGCCCAGACUGCGGGGAACUCAAAUGUCCCAAUGGCUGUAGCGGCCAUGGCCGCUGCGUCAAUGGCCAGUGCGUGUGUGAUGAGGGCUACACCGCGGAGGACUGCAGCCAGCAGCGGUGCCCCAGCGACUGUCACGGCCGGGGACGCUGCGUCCAGGGCAAGUGCGUGUGCGAGCAGGGCUUCAAGGGCUACGACUGCAGUGAAAUGAGCUGCCCCAAUGACUGCCACCAGCAUGGCCGCUGUGUGAAUGGCAUGUGCGUCUGUGACGACGGAUACACCGGGGAAGACUGCCGGGACCUUCGCUGCCCCCGGGACUGCAGCAACCGCGGCCGCUGUGUGGACGGGAAGUGCCUGUGCGAGGAGGGCUUCACGGGCCCCGACUGUGCCGAGCUCUCCUGCCCCAGUGACUGCCAUGGCCAAGGCCGCUGCGUGAACGGGCAGUGCGUGUGCCACGAGGGCUUCACAGGCAAAGACUGCAAGGAGCUGAGGUGUCCAAGCGACUGCCAUGGCCAGGGCCGCUGCGAGGACGGCCAGUGCAUCUGUCACCAGGGCUUCACAGGCCCCGACUGUGGGCAGCGAUCCUGCCCCAAUGACUGCAGCGAACGGGGACAGUGUGUCUCUGGGCACUGCAUCUGCAUCGAGGGCUACACUGGGGAAGACUGCUCAGAAGUGUCCCCUCCCAAAGACCUCAUUGUGACGGAAGUCACGGAAGAGACUGUCAACCUGGCCUGGGACAAUGAGAUGCGGGUCACAGAGUACCUCAUCAUGUACACACCCACCCACGCCGACGGCCUGGAGAUGCAGUUCCGUGUGCCCGGGGACCAGACAUCCACCACCAUCCAGGAGCUGGAGCCUGGUGUGGAGUACUUUAUCCGCGUGUUCGCCAUCCUGGAAAACAAAAGGAGCAUUCCCGUCAGCGCCCGGGUGGCCACCUACCUGCCUGCACCUGAGGGCCUGAAAUUCAAGUCCAUCAAGGAGACAUCUGUGGAAGUGGAGUGGGACCCUCUAGACAUUGCUUUCGAAACAUGGGAGAUCAUCUUCAGGAAUAUGAAUAAAGAAGAUGAGGGAGAAAUUACCAAAAGCCUGAGGAGGCCGGAGACCUCCUACCGGCAAACUGGUCUAGCUCCUGGGCAAGAAUAUGAGAUCUCGCUGCACAUCGUGAAAAACAACACCCGGGGCCCUGGACUGAAGAGAGUGACCACCACCCGCUUGGAUGCCCCCAGCCAGAUGGAGGUGAGAGAUGUCACCGACACCACAGCUCUGGUCACCUGGUUCAAGCCCCUGGCUGAGAUCGAUGGCAUUGAGCUCUCCUAUGGCAUCAAAGACGUGCCUGGUGACCGCACCACCAUCGACCUCACACAUGACGAGAAUCAGUACUCCAUCGGGAACCUGAAGCCUGACACUGAGUACGAGGUGUCCCUCGUCUCCCGCAGGGGUGACAUGUCCAGCAACCCGGCCAAAGAGACCUUCACCACAGGUCUGGAUGCUCCCCGGAACCUCCGGCGCGUCUCCCAGACUGACAGCAGCAUCACCUUGGAAUGGAGGAACGUCAAGGCAGCCAUUGACAACUACAGAAUUAAGUAUGCACCCAUCUCUGGUGGGGACCACGCGGAGGUCGACGUUCCCAAGAGUCAACAAACCACAACGAAAACCACACUCACUGGUCUGAGGCCGGGAACUGAAUAUGGAAUUGGAGUUUCCGCUGUGAAGCAGGACAAGGAGAGCGAUCCAGCAACCAUCAACGCGGCCACAGAAAUUGAUGCACCCAGGGACCUUCAGGUUUCUGAAACGACGGACAACAGCCUGACCCUGGUCUGGAGGACACCAUUAGCCAAGUUUGACCUUUUCUCUUGGGGUUUUACUGGGGACAGCAUGGCUGAGGGAUGUCCUGAGCAAAAUCCUGCACCCGGACUCCGAGGACUUUGCAUCUUUGGCGGCGGGCCUCAGAAGAAAAGCAUUUUGAGGAACAAUUUAACUGACCCCAUCUCUGUUCAUUAUUCAGAACAAGCCCCUGCACUGGAAAAUCUCACGGUGACUGAGGUCGGCUGGGAUGGCCUCAAACUCAACUGGACAGCCGCUGACCAGGCCUAUGAGCACUUUGUCAUUCAGGUGCAGGAAGCCAACAAGGUGGAGGCCGCUCAGAACCUCACGGUGCCAGGCAGCCUCCGGGCUAUGGACAUUCCUGGCCUCAAGGCCAACACCCCUUACAGAGUGUCCAUCUAUGGGGUGAUCCGGGGCUAUAGAACACCCGUGCUCUCUGCCGAGGCCUUCACAGGAGAAUCUCCCAAAUUGGGAGAGGUCACGGUGGCCGAGGUGGGCUGGGAUGCCCUCAAACUCAACUGGACUGCUCCAGAGGGGGCCUAUGAGCACUUUGUCAUUCAGGUGCAGGAGGCUGACACGGGAGAGGCAGCCCAGAACCUCACAGUCCCAGGAGGGCUGAGGUCUGUGGACCUGCCUGGCCUCAAGUCAGCCACACGCUAUAGCAUCAUCAUCCGCGGGGUCAUUGGGGACUUCAGCACAGCCCCUCUCUCUGUUGAAGUCUUGACAGAGGAGGUUCCAGAUCUGGGAAACCUCACAGUGACCGAGAUUAGCUGGGAUACCCUCAGACUGGACUGGACCACACCCGAUGACAUCUAUGACCAGUUUAUCAUUCAGGUCCAGGAGGCUGGUCAGGUGGAAGAAGCUCUUAAACUCAUGGUUCCUGGCAGCCUGCAUUCAGUGAAGAUCCCAGGCCUCAGGGCUGGCACCCCUUACACAGUCACCCUGCAUGGGGAGCUCAAGGGCCGCACUACUCGACCCCUUGCUGCAGAGGUCACCACAGAGGAGCUCCCCCAGCUGGGAGACUUAGUCGUGACUGAGGUCGGCUGGGAUGGCCUCAAACUCAACUGGACAGCCGCUGACCAGGCCUAUGAGCACUUUGUCAUUCAGGUGCAGGAAGCCAACAAGGUGGAGGCCGCUCAGAACCUCACGGUGCCAGGCAGCCUCCGGGCUAUGGACAUUCCUGGCCUCAAGGCCAACACCCCUUACAGAGUGUCCAUCUAUGGGGUGAUCCGGGGCUAUAGAACACCCGUGCUCUCUGCCGAGGCCUUCACAGCCAAAGAACCUGAAAUGGGAAACUUAAAUGUUUCUGACAUAACUCCUCAGAGCUUCAACCUCUCCUGGACAGCUACUGACGGGGCCUUCGAGAUCUUUACCAUUGAAAUUAUUGAUUCUAAUAGGUUGCUGCAAACUGCGGAAUAUAAUAUAUCCGGGGCUCAACGAACCGCCCACAUCUCAGGGCUCCCCCCUAAUACUGAUUUCAUUGUCUACCUCUCUGGACUUGCUCCCAGCAUUCGGACCCAAACCAUCAGCACCACAGCCUCCACAGAGGCCUUGCCCCUUCUGGAAAACCUAACCAUUUCCGACAUUAAUCCCUACGGGUUCACAGUUUCCUGGAUGGCAUCGGAGCAUGCCUUUGACAGCUUUCUAGUCACGGUGGUGGAUUCUGGGAAGCUUCUGGACCCCCAGGAAUUCACACUUUCAGGAACCCAGAGGAAGCUGGAGCUUAGAGGCCUCAUAACCGGCAUUGGCUAUGAGGUUAUGGUCUCUGGCUUCACCCAAGGGCAUCAAACCAAGCCCCUGAGGGCUGAGACCACUACAGAAGCUGAACCAGAAGUUGACAACCUUCUGGUUUCAGAUGCCACCCGGGAUGGUUUCCGUCUGUCCUGGACAGCUGACGAAGGGAUUUUCGACAGUUUUGUUCUCAGAAUCAGAGAUACCAAAAAGCAAUCUGAGCCGCAGGAAAUAAUCCUCCUUGCCCAUGAACGUACCAGGGACAUAACAAAUCUCAGAGAGGCCACUGAAUACGAAAUUGAACUCUAUGGAAUAAGCAAUGGAAGGCGUUCCCAGCCAGUCAGUGCCAUAGCAACAACAGCCAUGGGCUCUCCAAAGGAGCUCAUCUUCUCAGACAUCACUGAGAACUCGGCCACUGUCAGCUGGACGGCACCCACUGCCCAGGUGGAGAGCUUCCGGAUUACCUACGUGCCCAUGACAGGAGGUACACCCUCCAUGGUCACUGUGGAUGGAACCCAGACCCAGACCAGGCUGGUGAAGCUCAUUCCCGGGGUGGAGUACCUGGUCAGCAUCGUCUCCAUGAAGGGCUUUGAGGAGAGCGAACCUGUCUCAGGGUCGCUCACCACAGCUCUGGAUGGUCCAUCUGGCCUGGUGACAGCCAACAUCACCGACUCAGAAGCCUUGGCCAUGUGGCAGCCGGCCAUUGCUACUGUGGACAGUUAUGUCAUCUCUUACACAGGGGAAAGAGUGCCAGAAAUUACACGCACGGUGUCCGGGAACACGGUGGAGUAUGCGCUGACCGACCUUGAACCUGCCACAGAAUACACACUGAGAAUCUUUGCGGAGAAAGGGCCCCAGAAGAGCUCCGCCCUCACUGCCAAGUUCACCACAGACAUUGAUUCUCCAAGAGAUCUGACUGCCACUGAGGUUCAGUCGGAGACUGCCCUCCUCACCUGGCGACCUCCCCGAGCGUCGGUCACUGGUUACCUCCUGGUCUAUGAAUCGGUGGAUGGUACAGUCAAGGAAGUCAUUGUGGGCCCCGACACCACCUCCUACAGCCUGGCAGACCUGAGCCCAUCCACCCACUACACAGCCAGGAUCCAGGCGUUGAAUGGGCCGCUGAGGAGCAAGCUCAUCCAGACCAUCUUCACCACAAUUGGACUCCUGUACCCGUUCCCCAGGGACUGCUCCCAAGCCAUGCUGAAUGGAGACACCACCUCCGGCCUCUACACCAUUUAUCUCAAUGGUGACAAGGCCCAGGCACUGGAAGUCUUCUGCGACAUGACCUCUGAUGGGGGCGGAUGGAUCGUGUUCCUGAGACGCAAAAAUGGACGGGAGGACUUCUAUCGAAACUGGAAGGCCUAUGCUGAAGGAUUCGGGGACCGCAGAGAAGAAUUCUGGUUGGGGCUGGAUAACCUGAGCAAAAUCACAGCCCAAGGGCAGUACGAGUUGCGGGUGGACCUGCAAGACCAUGGGGAGACAGCCUUCGCCGUCUACGACAAGUUCAGCGUGGGAGACGCCAAGACUCGCUACAGGCUGAAGGUGGAGGGGUACAGUGGAACAGCAGGUGACUCCAUGGCCUAUCACAACGGCAGAUCCUUCUCCACCUUUGACAAGGACACAGACUCUGCCAUCACCAACUGCGCCCUGUCCUACAAAGGGGCUUUCUGGUAUAAGAACUGUCACCGUGUCAACCUGAUGGGAAGAUAUGGGGACAAUAACCACAGUCAGGGUGUUAACUGGUUCCACUGGAAAGGCCACGAAUAUUCAAUCCAGUUUGCUGAGAUGAAGCUGAGACCCAGCAACUUCCGAAACCUCGAAGGCAGGCGCAAACGGGCUUGAAUUCCAAGGACAACUGGGUGAGAGAGGAGUAGGGCCCAGAGAAAGGAAAGGAUUUUACCAAAGCACCAAAACAACCAUCCAACCAUCAAGCACGCCUGGGCAUCUGGCAAGAGUCAAGCUGACCCUGACCACAGAUCACAGAGAAACUGGCCUUCCCCACUCUGCGAUGACUUCCUCCGCACCAAAGACGACAGUCUGCAACAGGUCUCCGCUUUGUGGUUCAAUUCAGCGAAAAUCUUCCAGUGGCAACAACACCCUGGUUUUACUUCUCUUGGGGGGCUCUGGGAACGGGAGUGGGGUAGGCUGUACAGUGGUAGUUUGUUUUAGAACCAGUCAUAUUUUACACAAAGCUGUAUAAUUAAUUAUCAUUAUUUUUGUUAGGAAAGAGAAAAUGUGUGUCAUUGGAAAUUGUCCCCCCCACACCCCCCUUUAUUUUCCUUUUUACAUUUCAUCCAGCCGAAACCAGAAAAGCAAUACUGUUUCCCAUUUCAAGGAGAGGAUUAAUAUUAUUAAUAUAAUAAUAAUGGUGAUGAUGAAAACUAAGGAUUUAUAAAGAGAUUCCCCCUUUUCCAAACACAUCCGGACAGUAUCCUGGUUGUAUUUUUUUUUAAUAAAAGCACAAGUACUUUUGA